UAAAACACUAAAUGUUGGAUUGGUUGGGUUAUUCCGUUCUUUUCCGCUGCUUUUCCGUUUUUUUCUAUUAUUGUUAUUGUUAAAAGUUAAUUGAAAGUUUAAACCUGUUUUCGUAAAUUUAGAUUGCCGACACAUUUUGCAUGGACAAAAAUUCUAAAAUAUGAAUUCUUCUUCCAAGAUGGAGAGAUUUUUGCCAAAUGAGUGUUACGUAUGUAAAUCGAGAGACGACUUAAUAAGAUGUGACUGCAACUUGAUCUCCUAUUGCUCCGAAGCACAUCGAUUGAAUCAUUUGCCAAUUCAUGAAAAAUUUUGCAAACUAAUUAAAAAAUUAAUGAUAGAAAAGGAAUUAUCGCACAUUUAUGAAGAACUUACAAAUUUACGUGGGUCCGAAUGGACAACAAAACAAACUGAAAUUUUUGAAGAAAUAAAAAAUAAAUUAGGAAGAAAAGUAAGUCCUUUGGAAUAUGUAAUGUUUCAACGUCCUCGAAUAUGUUUUGUUUGCUAUACAACAGAACAAGAGAAUCUAACAAAUUGUCCUGAUUGCCCAGUGGCAAGUUUUUGUGAAAAUCAUCCUCACGAUAAAAUUCACACUAUAAAUUGUAAAAUAAUGAAACGUUAUUUAAACGUUUUAAACACAGCAGAGGAAUUGAACAUUGACUUGGAAUUUCUCUCUGAUAAUUUUCCAUGUAUUACAGAUGGAAAGGAAACCGGAACUAUGGGCGAACUUACAAAGACAUUCAUAGUAGCUGAUAUGCGGCUUAACUGUACCAAUUCCAGAUUAUUAAAAGUAAGUCUCAUUAACUUAAUGAACAUAUUUUCGAAACUUCAGAAUGCUUUGCAAAAAAUUUACGGCCGGAUUCCAGAAGAAAUUGUCAUUCAUAUUGAUGCACUCUCUUAUAAACAUGCAAUCAGAAGAGAAAAUUAUUGGGAAUUUCUCUUCCAUCUCAAUCCAAUGAUAAGGGAAUUAAAAAUUGUCAUUGUUGUAAAUGAGAUAUUGAACAACAAUUUAGAAAAUUGUUCACUUUGCGAAAGUUGUAGUUCAAAAGGAAAAAAAUUGACUGUUACAAUUUUAGCAAAAUCCUACGACGAUUACAUGCUAGAUGAAAAUUAUCAGAAACCGGAUAUUCUCUUUUACGUGAAAAUCAAUGAUGAAUGUAAUUCCGAAAGAUUAAACAAGUGGAGUGAACUUGAUUUUCCCAUUGUUUUGCGAUUUGAUAUAAAUUCCAAUUUUUGCAAAACACAACAUUUUCUCUCGUUUUCGACAGCGAAGUUUAAAUUCAUUUACGAAGGACAAUUGACAACACCAUUCGCUACAUUAUCGUCAAUUGAAAAUAGAGAUUAUUUUAUAAUUUUACAAUCAAAGGAGAAGAAAGUACUUCAAAAAUCUUGCGGUACAGUUACAGAUAAAAUCUGCGAGGAAACAAUUGAUACAAACAGGACUGAAAUUCCUUUGGAAGUUAAGAAAAUUGGUUUUGAAAAUCUUCAAUAUAAAAAUAAUAGUACAGAUGCUAUUGCGGAUACUUCUAAAAUUACUCCGUCAGAAUUAAAAGACAAUUCUGACAAUAACGAAAAAUCAAAAUUGGAAACAAACGGAAAUCAAUCAGCCGCUGCUUUUCUUCUCAAGGCAUUCAUGAACGAAAAUACAAAAACAAACGAAACCGAAGUUGAGGAAAAUUCUAACAACGAAAAAAUGGAAAAUAAAAAUUUGAAUAUUUUAGCAGAGCCCGCAGUUCAUACGUCGAAUGAUGAACAAAUAAAGGAACAAAAAUCCGAGGACAAAACACUUUCUCCAUCGUCAUCAUCAUCAGUUUGUUCUUUUGUAAUUAUUUCAAAAUCCAAAGAAGAGGAGAAGGAAAAAAAAGAAGAGGAAGUCGAAAAAAAUACUGUGAUUGAGAAUUCCAAACCUGAGGAAAAUGAUAAUUGUUCGAAAUCAAUCGAGAACGAUAAAUCUUCAGACACAGAAGAAGACGAAAAAAAUAAUACUCAACUAAUAGAAAAGCGCAGGGAGGAAGAAGAAGAACAAAAAAAUGAUAAAGACUUUCGUGUUAAGAUGGGAAAUUUCGACAAUUCUCAAACUAAUUUUUCUCAAUUGUUUCUAAUCGAUCACAUUUCAUAUCUUAAUAAAGAAAUCGAUGAGUUACGAAAACGAUUAAAUGCAUCUAUCGAGGAAGUGUCAAAACAACAAACAAAAUAUGAACAAUCCUUUUCGACUUUAAUCGAAGAGAAUAAAUUAAUGAGAAAAGUGUUAUGUGAUAUUGUCAAUACAACUGCUGAUAUUGAUUCAGUACUUAAGAUUAAGUCUUAAAAUCACUAAAAAAAUAAAUACUCUUUUAUAUUAUUUCUAUUUAAAACAAUAUUCACAAAUUCGUUUAUCUUGAAUUUAAAAAUUCAAUGAUUUUCCAUAUUAAUAUUUCUUAACUGCGAUUUUAUAAUUUUAAAAAAUGUUGAAACAAUGUAAUUGUUAUUAUAUUAUAUUCGAAUACAAUGUUGUAAAUUGGCAUUACUUCUAAUUUAAUAUUGUACUAAACUGCCAUUAUUUUUGAUAAA